AUCUUAGGCAUAAAGAGAACUUUGACCAAGGAAGAGAAGUCAUGUACAGUAUAUUAAAAUUGCUGGCAAGACUUAUAAUAAAUGGCGACAGGAGGAAGGGGUGCGUUGUCUCUUCUUCAAAGUUACGGCUCAGAUAGCGAUGGAGACUCUGGUUACACUAGUGAAGACGAGAAAAAGAGAAAACACGUAUUUAGCAGCCCUCUUGAACGAAAGAGGAAGAGGCGAAGAGCAGAUGACGAGGAGGAAAUGGCGGUGGACACUCCUUCCUCGUCGUCACGUCCUGGAUACCACCAGGAUUCUGUAGUUUCUUCGGAGACUGUGAUGGGGGACGGGCACCAACGGCCAAGUGACCACACCAUGGAUACUACCUCACACCAGUUAAAUAGUAAUCGAAGUAUACCUCUACCCAGUGAACUAUUAUUGACUAGAGAAAUUCAUGUGGAUGACUCGAGGGAACAUCAGGGAAGAGUCAGAUCCUUUCCUCAUGAACGGGGUAACUGGGCAUCAAUUUUAUACGUCCCGUUGCAUCUAGGAGUGUAUGGGGCAAGUUUUGCUUCCUUCAUGGCUUCGUUGGUUGCUAUGUGCCAGGAACAAAAUGUGAUACUUACCCCCUCGUCAGAUCUUCACAUUUCACUAACACGAACUCUCAUACUUCAACUCCAUUGGAUUCAGCCAUUAACAGAAGACCUCAGAGCUAGACUUAGCCAAGUAUCCAAAUUUUCCUUGUGGUUACAUGGCUUAAGUGUGUAUGCCAAUGAUGAGCGAACCCGAACCUUUUUGGGGCUGCGAGUUUGUCAUGGCCGCAAUGAAUUAGAGGAUAUAGUCUCUGAAGUGGACAAGUGUCUAGCUGAGUAUAGACUGCCACUUUUCUAUAAGGAUGGCUCUUAUCAUGUGAGUGUCGCUUGGUGCACUGGCGAUGUUUCUGAAAAUCUUCGUCGCCUCUUGCCGCAGCUGGAAAACAUCUGCAGUCAGUACUUCUCAGUGGAAACUGAUAUGCGUACUUUUGAUGUUAACUUGUUGAAUUUUAAGACUGGUAACAGAAUUCAUAACAUACACCUUAAACACGAAAAUUAGUAUCCAUUUUAUAGAAUUUGAGUAGUUUCUAUCUUCUCCAUUAAUAAGUAUGUACAAAUAAUAAAUUAACACAUUUCUUUAUACUGUUCAACUUGUAUUCCUAUUUUUUCUGGUGCAGUUAGUAAUGUGUAUUUAUUAAUCUUGGAGUUUUAAGGACCAAGUAUGGAUUUUUCUUCCGAGUUGACUGUUGGAUGAUAGAGUAAUGAUAUAAUUAUGAACAAAUAUGAGUGUGCCCUACCAAAGUGUGAUUCAUCAGGGAAUACCUGGAUCUACCUUAACUGUGUUAGUGGUAUGUGUGACCAAGAAAAGUAAUGUGAUGGUGAUUCUGCAUCUUUGUUCCUACUGUAAAAAGGUUAACAUUGUGGAGAUACAUGGUUGCAGGACAAAUAGGUUCCAGUCCUCAUAGGCCCCCAAUUGUACCUGAUCAUUAGGAUUGAGGUCCAUUAUGACUGGACUCCAUUCUUAAUGGUUAGAUAAGGUGAAUGACAAGUAGGACUCGAGUCCAUUUAACCAGUCACCUUGGUGCAUUAGGAUUGUCCAGGUUUCUAAAGUUUCUGUAAGCCUUUAGGAAGUUAAACACUAAAAAAGUGCAUCUGACAUAAGUUGUAGGUGGAAAGGGAAUAUUUUGUCAAUAGUUUGAAAAGAAAGUAUGAAAUAAAACUGUAAAUUACACUUAAAUGGUAAUAAGAAAGCAAUUCUCAUGUGAUGUUGUGGCUCACAACCAUUGGCUGACCACAUAUGAUCUGAUUAGUACUGCAGAAUAAGCAAAAUAUGGGAAAACAAAUAUAGGAAAGAGUGAUACUCUUAUUUUUGGAUCUGUGAUCACUAAUUUGUUGCCUCGGCUACAUGAUAAACCUGUGUAAACAGUCUUGAAAUUCCUCAACAGUAUUCAUGUUGUUGCUCUCAAGUUGGCAGUACCUUUGACCUGUGCUCCUACAUUGUCUUAAUGUACUGACUGUGUGUUACUCAUUAAAAUUAAGAGUGUAUGGAAGCUGCAGGAAGUAGAAUUACUUAAGUAUGGCUUUCAUUAUUAAGUUUUAUUUAUAAACUUAAUUGUUCAAGCAAUAGUGGACAUCUGUUCAUUAUUUCUUAACAUAGCACAAUCAUAAUGUGCUGUACCAUGAAUUUGGAAUGGAAUAUCUUUUUUUGGUAUUUUUUUUUGGCUUGAGGAGUAGACAAUAUAGUAAUUUUCCCGAUGGUCACAUCAUAAGUCACUGGAUACUUGAGGAGCAUGGGACUAUUUACUCGCCUUCGUUAUAUUAGGGAGACCACCCAACGGAUUUUAAGAUUUGCUCUAUAAGUUAUUACAUGAGCAUCAUUUAUCAUAAGUGGAAUGCUAAUAAUAAUUUGCCUCCAACAGUACAGUAAAACCUCGAUUUAACGGACCUCGACUUAACAGAUUUCGGAUUUAAUGGACCAAAUUGUCUGGAAGCAUUUGCUGUUAGCUCUGACUCAAAAUAAAAGUAUUGAGUCACUACUAUCAAUCACUGGCAAAUUAAUUUCCUCUAUCAACCACAAAUGGUGAGUAAAGUAUUUAAUUUAGAUUUCAUGCUAUUUCUAGUGUUUAUUUAUUGUUUGAGUGUUUUCAUAUACUAACUAUAAAAACAUAGUCAGGCAGCACAACACUGGUGGGGAUGGAAUGGUGGUGGUGACACUUGGCUGGCUGGUGGAUGUGAAACAGGUGUAGGAGAGAGGGCAGCAGGAGGCUGAGGCAAGGUUGCUAACUCUGAUCUUGCAGCCAGUACCAAAUCCAUCUUUAUCAUUACCAAAUCGAGUGUUUUAUUACUUUUUUAAUUCUAGAAAUUCACAGUAAAGGAAAAACUGAAUGAUGGUUUAACAGAAUUACUGUAUUGUACUGGGAGUUUAGUCAUAAAGGACUGCCAAGGCACCCCUUCUAGCCUUCCCCCCCUCCUCCUUUCUCUCUGAUGUACAAUCAUACAGUUCAACAGAGAAUUCAUCAAGCAAAAUGUCUGUGAUGUCCAGCUCUUUAUAGCACAUCAUCAUUACCAAAUUUCCUUGAAUUUGAUAAUGGCAAAUAUCACAUGGAAACCCUCCUUCUCCUAUUACUACUGCUGUGAGAGUCCUCUCUAAACAGCAGGCACUGGCCCAGAGAUUCAAAUGUUGUGGCAGUUGCCACUCAGCUAUGAAUUAUGAAUAUUUGACUGCUCGUUAUAUGUUAUAAAAAUAUCACUUCAAUUCAACCCUAAAGCCCAGGUGACGUUCCUCUAUGUUCACUAAGGUGACCCAGAGUAACAUUCCUCAGUGUUCUCAAUUUUCACAGUAUAUUUUGAAUCUCCAGACAGGAUGAAAUACUUUGUCUGGGAUGUUUAUUUGCUUGGCAACUCAACUCGCAUGUAAUCUCUGUGAGAGAGAAAACGGUUUAUUGUUAAACAUUACAUGGCUGCGUAAAGUACAUAAAGCACAUGUUUACAUAAAUGUUGAUAAGCGGUUGCAAGAUAAAGUUUAAGUCACAAAUGAAGUGAAUUAAGUUGGGAUGCAAUAUAUGGGAUACACGAUUUCCUGACUCAGGCGCCGCAGCAAAAGCUUUGAAAGAGAUCUGAGCACCGAGUUACCCUGGCACUGACCUCCAGCUUCUGCGGCAGCAGUAGAUCGUGAUGUUGGGGCUCUUUCAGUAGACCACGUCUGAACUUCAGACACAGGUUCUUGCACCUCUGUCCCAAUGUAGUCUGCUUAAAACAUGUCAAGGACACUUUGAUACCUAGUGUCCCAACCCACUGCUAUUUUCAUUAUCUUACUCUGAUUCUUUUCUGUCUCAAGUCUAGUGGUCCAGUUACCCACCAACUAUCAUGAUGGAUGCACAUCCUUCAACGUCUCAUGACCUGCCUUGCCCCUCCACACCUGCGACAAUAGUGCUAUUCAAGAGUUGCUUGAUUUGAGUGGUAUUGAUAUAGUAUUUGGUGGUAAAGACAGUGAUGUGUAGGAAACAGACCCAGAUGAUGUUGAAUUUGUUGAGGUGGCCAGCAGUGAGGACAGUGAUAUCGAUAAUGGCGUUCACUUCCAAUCCCCACCCCACCAGCCAUCCCCCUCAGCGAGGUCAUGGGUGCCAUGGAUGUAGGGAACCAUGUGCAAGUCAGCCACAGCAGUACGCUUGGAGUGACUGCAUUAACUUUACUCAUGAAAUACCAAUUUUUAAUUGUGGAUUAAAAAACAAGAAAUAUGUCCACGUUGGGGUCCAGCGGGUCAUACAUUGCCCAGGGCAUAAGAGUUAAUGGCCUUUCGGCAUAAGUCCAUUAAAUCAAGGUUUUACUGUAAUAAGAAAUUUUAUAAUAAUUCCUGUGAUGUCUACAAGCAAGGACAUGUUAUACAGUCCUACUGCAUUCAUUUAUAAUAAUUUUCAGAUUACAGUAUAUCAUUUUCAUGUUGACUACUGUAUUUCUUACUUGAUUUUUUGAGUAAAUUUAUUUAACUAGAUUUUCAUAGAGGGUUGGAGAAUGUCAAAAGAAUUUAAUCUUUUUGGUCAAAUUUCUCCCGUUGUUGGUCGCUUUUCUUUCACCACAUUUUCAUUGCAAUCUUACAGAAUCCAUAAUACUGAACUGAACAUAAUUUUACAAACUGUUCUAUUUCUUCAUAUUUCUUCUUUCCUCCCUUAUAUUUUCUCGUUCAUAACCAAUUUGCAAGGUCACUGUGUGAGUGAAGCAUAUUUUUAUUCGACUUGCAGUUUAUAAUUUCAAUUCUCAUUAUACAAGCAGAAGUUAUUGCUUAAUUUGAUUGUUAGCUAUAUCAGCAGAGACAAUACUUUGGCAGAUGGCCUUGGUGUUAAUGUUAGUUUCCUGCCUCAGUGUGGGAAAUUUAACUUUAACAAAAUACAGUAUUGGAAACAUUCUGUGUGAUGUACUUCUUUGGACAUUUGUCGGCAAAGAAGACUUUUUCCAAUAACAAAAAAUAAAUUAUCACGGCUCCUCGAUCCUUUUUUUAAAUUAAAAUAGCUUCACAAAAUGCAAAUCCUGUACUGUACUUUAUUUAAAUAUGUAUUAUACUGUCAUUUAUAUAUCUUAUGUGUGAAAUUUUGUGAACCAACUUUACUUAAAGCUAUACUAUCUAUCUCCUGUGUGGUUUGCUUUGCUUUUAAUGAAAGGAAAACCACUUAAGUUCCUUACAUAGUUUAAGUAAUAAAUAUUUUAUAGAUUUAAAAGUAAUCUCAGGACUAGAAAAUUUGUGUUCUUUAGCUGAAGGAAACCAUUCUUACGUUGGCAUGUAUACACACGGCUGCAUUAUAACAAUUGCUUUAUACUGUAGUCGGUGCAGUGUAAAAGUUGUUUUGAUAUUUAUACACUAUUCACGUUCAGCCUUUUUUAUUUACUUUGCAAAUUUGAUUGACAUGUAGAAGUCCAUGAAAAGUGUUAGUUUGAAAUUGUAUUACACUAUCAGGUUCUUACUGAAAAACAUAUGAUGACAACAAUAAAUAAAUUUUCAAAAUCAA